UCGGCGCGUUUUCCAAAUCCGCCAUCAUCUGCUCAGCUCCCGGUCUUCUCCUCUCUCUCUCCGCCCCCCCUCCCCCCGGAACAAAAAUCUCGGUCGGUUUGGUGGUGUUCUGGGGUUUCGAGAUCGGUGGGCGGCGGUAGAUCUCUCUAUCCGGCAGCAGAUCCGGCGGAUCCGAGGCGCCUUGCGAUCGAUCAGGCCCAGUGGCGGGCGUAUCCGAUCGGCCGGGCUAGGGUGAAUCGAAGGAGGAGGCGAUGGCAUUGUUGGGGAUGAGAGGCCUCUCCGUCUUCAUCAGCGACGUCCGGAAUUGCCAGAACAAGGAGCAGGAGCGGCUCAGGAUCGACAAGGAGCUCGGCAACAUCCGGACCCGCUUCAAGAACGAGAAGGGCUUGACACCUAAUGAAAAAAAGAAAUAUGUCUGGAAAAUGCUUUACAUUUACAUGUUGGGCUACGAUGUUGAUUUUGGCCAUAUGGAGGCUCUUUCUUUAAUAUCUGCACCAAAAUAUCCUGAGAAGCAGGUGGGAUACAUUGUGACAUCUUGCUUACUCAAUGAGAGCCAUGAGUUCCUAAGAAUGGUUAUAAAUACUGUACGCAAUGACAUAAUUGGGAGAAAUGAAACCUUCCAAUGCUUGGCACUUACAAUGGUAGGAAAUAUUGGUGGGAAGGAGUUUGCUGAAUCACUAGCUCCUGAUGUCCAACGACUGCUUAUUUCAAGUAGUUGCAGACCGCUCGUCAGAAAAAAGGCUGCACUAUGCCUGUUGCGUCUUUAUAGGAAGAACCCAGAUGUUGUCAAUAUAGAUGGGUGGUCUGAUCGUAUGUCACAGCUUCUCGAUGAACGUGAUUUGGGUGUAUUGACAUCCGUCAUGAGCCUUUUCGUUGCACUGGUCUCGAAUAACAAUGAAGCAUAUUGGAAUUGUCUUCCAAAAUGUGCGAAAAUUUUAGAGCGAUUGGCUAGGAAUCAAGAUAUUCCACAAGAAUACACUUACUAUGGAAUUCCAUCUCCUUGGCUUCAGGUAAAGACGAUGAAGGCUCUUCAGUAUUUUCCAACUGUUGAAGAUCCAAACACCAGAAGAGCUCUGUUUGAGGUUCUGCAACGUAUUUUGAUGGGCACUGAUGUUGUUAAAAAUGUUAACAAGAACAACGCAUCACAUGCUGUUCUUUUUGAAGCCCUUGCUCUGGUUAUGCACCUUGAUGCUGAAAAGGAGAUGAUGUCUCAGUGUGUGGCUUUGCUUGGGAAAUUUAUAGCUGUCCGAGAACCAAAUAUUCGAUAUCUUGGCCUAGAGAAUAUGACCAGGAUGUUGUUGAUCACAGAUGUGCAGGAUCUUAUUAAAAGACAUCAAGCACAGAUCGUUACUUCUUUGAAAGAUCCUGAUAUCAGUAUUAGAAGACGUGCUCUUGAUUUGCUCUAUGGAAUGUGUGACGUGACAAAUGCCAAGGAUAUAGUUGAGGAGUUAUUGCAGUAUCUGAGCACAGCAGAUUUUGUAAUGCGUGAAGAACUGGCACUAAAAGCUGCCAUUCUAGCAGAGAAAUUUGCCCCAGAUCUUUCUUGGUAUGUUGAUGUUAUUCUUCAGUUGAUUGACAAAGCAGGGGAUUUUGUUAGUGAUGACAUAUGGUAUCGUGUGGUUCAAUUUGUCACCAACAAUGAAGAUUUACAGCCAUAUGCCGCGGCCAAGGCGAGAGAGUACCUUGACAAGCCUGCUUUGCAUGAAACAAUGGUCAAGGUCAGUGCUUAUAUUCUUGGGGAGUACAGUCACCUUUUGGCCAGAAGACCUGGCUGUAACCCUAAGGAAAUUUUUACUAUUAUAAAUGAGAAGCUUCCUACAGUAUCAAAGCCUACGGUUGCCAUCCUUCUUUCAACUUAUGCCAAGAUAUUGAUGCACACUGAACCCUCCGAUCCAGAAUUGCAGGAACAGAUCUGGGCAAUAUUCAGAAAAUAUGAGAGUUAUAUUGAUGUCGAGAUACAGCAAAGAGCAGUUGAAUAUUUUGUACUGAGUAGGAAAGGUGCAGCUUUAGCGGAUGUUUUGGCUGAAAUGCCUAAGUUUCCAGAACGACAGUCUGCUUUGCUGAAAAAGGCUGAAGAUGCUGAAGUUGAUACAGCAGAACAAAGUGCCAUAAAACUACGGAGUCAACAACAGACAUCGAAUGCGCUGGUUGUAACUGAUCAGCAACCUGUCAAUGGACCUCUUCCGAUCAACCAGCUAGGCCUUGUUAGAAUACCAAGUCAGAAAAUGGAAGCUAGCUCCCACAAUCAAGGACUGACCAAAGAAAAUGGAGCUGUCAGUAAAGUUGAUCCAGAACCCGCCCCUUCAGCAGAUUUCCUUGGAGAUCUUUUAGGUCCUCUGGCAAUAGAGGGCCCUCCAGCUGCUACAGUUUCAGCCGAGCAAAAUAUGAUCUCGGGAUUGGAAGCUACUCCUAAUGCUGCAGAUGCAUUAGCAUUAGCAACUGUUGGUGAUCAAUCAAACUCAGUCCAGCCAAUUGUUAAUAUUGCGGAAAGGUUUCAUGCACUGUGCCUGAAAGACAGUGGGGUGCUAUAUGAGGAUCCCUACAUGCAGAUUGGCAUAAAGUCGGAGUGGCGAGCCCAUCAUGGGCAUCUUGUUCUUUUCUUGGGAAACAAGAAUACUUCACCUCUCUUGUCAGUGCGAGCUGUGAUAUUGCCUCCAACUCACUUAAAGGUGGAACUCUCAUUAGUACCCGAGACUAUUCCUCCAAGAGCACAGGUGCAAUGCCCACUUGAAGUUGUAAAUCUUCGAGCAAGCAGGGACAUUGCCGUUCUUGAUUUCUCGUAUAAAUUUGGAACUACAGUGGUUAGUGUAAAGCUACGGCUUCCAGCUGUCUUAAAUAAGUUUUUGCAACCUAAGUCAGUCUCUGCUGAAGAGUUUUUCCCCCAGUGGAAAUCAUUGUCUGGACCACCUUUGAAGCUUCAAGAAGUGGUUAGAGUGGUAAAACCGAUGUCUCUUCCUGAAAUGACAAACUUGUUUACUAGCCUUCACUUGGGAGUUAUUCCAGGACUUGACACAAAUUCAAAUAAUCUGGUUUCUUGCACUGGCUUCUAUUCAGAGAGCACUCGAGCCAUGCUUUGCCUGGAUAGCUAACCAGGGGUUGGAUGACUGUGACUAUUGGUAUCCUACCUUAUCCAUUUCGUGAAGCUGAAAAAACUGUUGUUUGGCUGCUGCUGCUUAUCCAUUUCUUUUUGCUGGUGUGGCAAAAAUGUUGGUGGGUUAAAAAGGCAUGCAAUAAGUGGUUAUGUGCCACUUUUGGGUGAAAUGGCAGCUGUAAAGAGGAGUAAAAUGUGAGCGCAGAAGGGAAGAAUGGGGAGAAAAAAAAUGCAGGGAGGGGGAUCCAAACACCCAAGAGGCAAUAGUGUUGGGCUGUAUAAUUGAAUAACCUCCCCCUACCCAUGGGCUAACCUGGAUCCAAAUUGGUGACUGGGAUGUUGAGGGCAUCCCCUUCUCCUAGGGGAAGCUUUGAAACCAGUGCUAGAUGUUGGUGGAUCUCUUUCUUUCGGAUACAUUUAAGUGUGAGGUUACAUGCAGUCCCUGCUGCUUUCCAAUUUUAUAAAAUUAUCUGUUGCAAUGCAUAGAGGAUGAGCCUUAGAGCGAUGCUAAGGUUGCUCCAUUAUGACCUAGGUGUCAUGAGUUCGAAAUAUGGAAAUAACCUCUAAACUCAUGGGGAUAAGGCUACAUCUGACCCUAACCCUGCAAUGGCGGGAGCCUCGAGCAUUGGGAUGCCCCAUCUAUUGCAAUGUAUGCCGAUAAGGACUUUGGGAUUUCACUUUAUGCUUUCUUUUGCAAUUUGUUUAUCCUCGUUGCUUCUGGUUUAUUUGUCAAAGAAAAAUAGUCUGUUUACUUUUUAAAUGUUAUGAAUAAUGUUGCUAUCUUGAGUAAUUUUAAAGUUACCUAUUGUUCUAUGCAUUUUUGUUUAUGUUACGAGUAGCAGACUGCAUGUGCGGUCUUUGUUGUAGUCUCAGAGUAGUGGGCUUAUUUCUUAUCAAGAGGAGUCAUUGAGUUUUUACUGUGUUCUCUUUUUCCCUAAGCAGCAUUCUAUUCCUGAUUUCUUAGCCUACUAUAAUUAAAGGUGGAACAAGUCGAGCUUAAAUUUGAAUGAGUUGUUGAUUUUCUGGUCAAUGGUUCUAUCCUACACAUUGGAGUUCUAUUAGUUUAUUAUCUAAUAGAUUUUUUUU